GCUGGCAGCUGGCGGUCCGGCUCUGGGUCGGGUACGGCGCUUGGAGUGCUCUUUGGGUCGCGGUGACCGCCUUCUCCCGGCGGUAUGAAGACGUUCUGCGGGAGGGCGAACCCCACGACUGGCGCUAUCGAGUGGGAGGAGGAGGCCGAGGAUUAUGACUACCACCAGGAGAUCGCGCGGUCAUCUUAUGCAGAUAUGUUGCAUGAUAAAGACAGGAAUGAAAAGUACAACAGUGGAAUCCGGGCAGCGGUCUGCAGGGUGAAACAGCGUGGCCAGCGCGCAAUCGUCCUGGACAUUGGAACUGGUACAGGCCUGUUGUCUAUGAUGGCAGUAAGAGCUGGUGCUGAUUAUUGUUAUGCAGUCGAGGUUUUUAAACCAAUGGCUGAUGUUGCACAGAAGAUUGUGGAUAAAAAUGGAUUCAGCAGCAAAAUUAAAAUCAUCAAUAAACACUCAAACAGUGUGACAGUGGGACCAAAUGGUGACAUGUCAUGUCGAGCUAAUAUCCUGGUUACAGAGUUGUUUGACACCGAACUUAUUGGGGAGGGAGCACUGCCGAGUUACGAACAUGCUCACAAAUACCUUGUUGAGGAAGAAUGUGAGGCAGUUCCACACAGAGCCACGAUUUAUGCACAGGUGGUGGAGUCAAAACGAAUGUGGGCCUGGAAUAAAGUGUUGCCGAUUAACAUCCGACUGGAGGGAAGCAAGGGCGAGAGGGUCAUUGUGCCACCAAGGGACAUGCAGGUGUGUGCUGGGUCUCCCUGUGUCUAUGAUAUCCAGCUGAACCAGGUGAACAGGAACCACUUCACAACCCUCACAGAGGUCAUAGAGAUGUUCAGAGUGGAUUUCAGUAAAAUGGUGAGCAGUUUGCCAGCCCGGCACACUGUGCAGGCCAAAGCGACUGCCGUUGGACAGGCUCAGGUUGUACUGUCCUGGUGGGACAUAGACAUGGACCCCAAAGGGAGUAUCAAGUGUACCUUGGCACCAUAUUGGGUUCAUCCAACUCCAAAGAAUAUGCAGUGGCGGGAUCACUGGAUGCAGUGUGUGUACUUCUUACCAAAGGAAUUAUCGGUUAAUGAAGGGGAGUGUCUGUAUAUUUCAGCAACGCAUGAUGAUUACUCUGUGUGGUACAGCCUGGAACGCAGCAGUGUUACAUGUGGUCCUGAUCUACUGAGUGAGCGCCCCCUCUGCUCAUGCCAGGCUCAUCUCAUGUGUAACAGACAGCGCUUUGGAGAACUAAAUGACCAGCAAAGGAAUGAGGCAUACAUCAAGGCCUUGAAAGCAGUUGUGAGACCAGAUAGUGUGUGUGUCACCAUUAGUGAUGGAAGUCUGCUGUCUCUCUUUGCUUAUUUGCUGGGUGCUGCACAGGUUUAUAGCCUGGAGAUUUCUGCCAUGUCCAAACGAGUAAUGGAGAAGAUUUUAGCAGCUAACGGGCUGACUGGAAAGGUGAUAAUUUCUGAGAGACGUCCAGAGCAGCUAACGUCUAUGGAUUUGGGCAACAACCAGGUGUCACUAUUGAUUGGAGAACCAUUCUUCACCACCAGCCUCCUUCCCUGGCACAAUCUUUAUUUCUGGUAUGCAAGGACAUACCUGACCAAGGUCCUGAGAAGCGAGUUGACUGUGUUGCCACAGUCUGCCGUACUCUUAGCGAUGGCUGUGGAGUUUGAGAACCUCUGGCGUAUCCGUGCUCCCUGUGGGGUAUGUGAAGGCUUUAAUGUCAGCCUUAUGGAUGAGAUGAUCCAGAAUUCAUUGAAUUUCCGUGAAUGUCAGGAGGCUGAACCCCACCCACUUUGGGAGUACCCCUGUCGGGGACUCAGUGAUCCUUGCCAGGUCCUCAGCUUUGAUUUUCGCCAGAAAGUACCAGAGCAGCCAAUUUACUCCACAGGAUCAAUGAAACUAUUGAGAUCAGGCUCUUGCCAUGGAGUGGUACUUUGGAUGGACUAUUCCUUAACCGAUGACAUCAGCAUCAGCACUGGGUUAACCAGACCCUGCUCUCUCACGGGUGACUGCAACUGGAGCCCACACUGCAAGCAAGGUGUCUACUUCCUUAGAUCAGUGACUAAUCCCAAAAGCUCAACAGAUGGCCUGAAUUCAGUAGUUUACGAUGUGACCUUUCACCCAGAGAGUGGUGAGGUGGCCAUGGAUUUCAAGUCGGCCCCGUGACCAGCCUCAGCCUGCCUGAUGAAGGAGGAGACGGUGCAUCUUUGUCUCUUUGGACGAUGUUAGUGACUGCUACAGGAAAACCGUAUGCUUGAAACUAGACUCUAAUGUUACUCAUGGGAAUCCUUUGGAAACUCAGAAAACAUAAGAUGUUUUUUUAACCCUCUUCUGAAAUUGAAGGUGUACAAGCAAAAUUGGUUAGUUUAGUCAUUGCAGCUCAGCAUCAAAGCUGUGCCAAAUAAGCAGUGAUAAGGAAAAGAGGCGAGGGUCCCAUUAUACUGACUGCUUGGUUCAAUCUGCAUUUUCAACUGAGUCAGGGGUUUUAAGUUUCACUGCAGAAGAAGAACACCACAAUCUGGGUUGACAGUGCAGUACAGAGCCAGUACAAUGGUGUGUAUUUACACAGAGCUAUAAACCAAUUUGGAGUGUUUUCUUAGUUCUGUGAUUUUAGUGUAAUUUUCUUUUAUUACAUAGGGACUACACUCCUUUUCAGGCCUGCUGUUAGCUCUGAAUCAAGAUAAUAAUUCAAGUACUUCUCCAGACCUUGCAGCAUAUCUCGAAAGCUGACGCUCUGCACUACUGAGAACAUCCUGCAUUGCUAGGUAUUUUGGUAAACUGAUACAUAAUAGACCACUGUGGUGAGAUCUUUGUGUACUUGGUUGCCAGGUUUAUCUUUGUGGCAACGGUGCUGUCAAUACAAAUAUCAGUAUAUGAAAUAUUUGAGGUAUUCGAGAGCCAUUAUAUGGCUAUUGUUUUUCCUCCCAUGUUGGAUAUUUAAGGAUGUUCAUCUCUCACUAGAUGUAACUGAAAAUUGAAUUUCAGUUUACAAGAGUGAGGAUGAUUUCAUCAAUCGCUAUGUUGUGCUGUGCUGUAUUGUUCAUUACCACUGUAGUCACCUGACCCUGGUUAAAGGAAGUAUGUAGGUUGUUUUUAUGUUGGCCCUCUUCUGCCCCUUAGCUUUACUUCAUGGCCCUGCUUCUCAUCAAGAACAAGCUGGUUUCUCACAAAAGCUACCACUAAUGCCUUGUGCUCCAUUGGUGAGUGUAAUCCUAGACUGAUCUAGUAACCAUGGUCAGCAUAAACCCAAUGAGUUAUGCUGGCUGUGGGUGAUUCAUGGUUUUUGUUCAGCCAGUCUUGCUGGAGUUUAUUAAAUUAAAUAUCAGAAACUGUGGAGUGUAUUCUGACCAGUUGUGUCGUGCUUAAGAUUAUGUACAUGUGCCGUGGACUUACAUGAGCUAAGAUUUUGCUGUCCUAACAGUGUUUUUGAGAAUGUUCUAAUCACAGACUCAGCUUUUGCUGUUUGUAAAUCACAUACUGAUUAAAAUAAGUCUCAGCACCAUUUUAAAACUGUUUCCAAAACAAACAGGCUGCAUCUGGUGGCUGAUUUGUAUGA